CAGAAACGGACGCGUGGGUUUUUUCUCUCUCUCUCCGCCUGAUCGUUGAUGGAUAUUAUUUUCUCCUACACGGCGCCCACGAACUAACUCACACGGUGACGGUACCACUUCGCUUCCGUUCUGGUUUUAUUUCUUCUUUGGAUUAUUCUUCAUCUGGAGAGAAUAAAAAAAACCGUGAAAUGAAAUAGGGAGAGGAAGUACAAGGAGAAGAUAGAGAGAUAGAGAGGAAUAAAAGCUGGACAUCAGAGCAGGGUUUGGUGCUCCCGCUUACACGGCAAGUCACGGACAUGCUUCAGGGAACUUGUAAUUCCAUAUCGAUAAGGGUGGCUCUGCCUGGCUCUCUAUCAUGACUGAUGGCGAGGGGAGAGUCCGCUUCCUCUACACCACCACCCCCUCUACCCCCACCCCCACCUCCACUACCCCCACCCUCACCCUCACUCCUGCCCUCAACGUCCAGCAGGGAGGGGAGGAAAGGCGGUGCCGUGACGGAGAGGUGAGGGUUCUCAUACCGGCUCCAUUUUACCGGGAACACAACCCACACCCAUCACCGUUUUACCGGGAACACAACCCCCCGAGACGUCACCACCACGACAUCGGCUUCCGCGAUGAUGAUGAGGACGAGGAAGAGGAGGGAGGCAGCAGCACACGGAGUCCAGGGCCGGAGGAGGAGGAAGAGGAGGAGGAAAGGGAGGAGGAAGGUGCAGGAGUAGCUGCCCGUUGUGUCCCGGGGCCUCCCGUUGUUGUUACCGGAGGUAGUAGUAGUGGUGGUGUGUUCGGUAACGUGAGGAGGGAGCCGGUAACGGAGCCGGUAACGGAGCCGGUAGACCCAGUGGACCUGCUGUCUGAAGAGGAGGAGCAGCAGCCAUAUCCAGCCCUCGCCCCCGUAGUCUUCUUCUGCAUCAAACAGACGACGCGUCCUCGCAGCUGGUGUCUACGCACGGUCUGUAACCCGUGGUUUGAACAUGUCUCUAUGAUAGUGAUUCUCCUGAACUGUGUGACUCUGGGGAUGUACCAACCCUGUGAAGACGUCACCUGUCAGGCAGAGUGGUGCCUCAUACUACAGGUGUUUGACGACUGUAUCUUUGCGUUUUUCGCGGUGGAGAUGGUCAUUAAGAUGGUGGCUCUGGGGGUCUUCGGUUCUAAGUGUUACCUUGGCGACACUUGGAACCGACUGGACUUCUUCAUCGUAAUGGCAGGGAUGAUGGAGUAUUCUCUGGACGGACACAACGCCAGUCUGUCAGCUAUCAGGACUGUACGCGUUCUGCGGCCACUCCGGGCAAUCAACAGAGUCCCUAGUAUGCGUAUCCUGGUGACUCUGCUCCUAGACACUCUCCCCAUGCUGGGGAACGUCCUGCUCCUCUGUUUCUUCGUCUUCUUCAUCUUCGGCAUCGUCGGCGUGCAGCUGUGGGCGGGGCUACUGAGAAACAGGUGCUUCAUGGGAGAAGACUUCAGAACGCUCUAUAACCUGUCAUUGAGUGUGUACUACCAGCCGGACGAGAGCGAGGAGGACCCCUUCAUCUGCUCAGCAAUUCGGGAGAACGGAAUGUUGCGUUGCCAUGACGUCCCGCCCUACAGCGAGGGAGGGGUCGAGUGCUCGCUGCCCGCGCCCUCUCUUGGCGGGGAGGGCGGGGCCAGAGACGGCUGUGUGAAUUGGAACCAGUACUAUAACGUCUGUCGGCCCGGCAACGUCAACCCUCACAAAGGAGCGGUGAACUUUGACAACAUAGCCUACGCAUGGAUAGCCAUAUUCCAGGUGAUAACCCUGGAAGGCUGGGUGGACAUCAUGUACUACGUUAUGGAUGCUCACUCCUUCUACAAUUUUAUAUAUUUUAUAUUCCUCAUCAUAGUGGGCUCUUUCUUCAUGAUCAACCUGUGCCUGGUAGUCAUAGCGACCCAGUUUGCGGAGACGAAGCAGCGUGAGAACGCGUUGAUGCGCGAGCAGCGAGCGCGUUACAUGUCCAACGACAGUACUCUGGCCAGCUACAGCGAACCGGGAUCCUGCUACGAAGAGAUGCUGAGAUACGUUUCACACCUCUACCGUAAACUGACCCGACGAGUACAACGCGUGUACACAACCUGGCACAGUAAGCGUCGUAAGAAGGUAAACCCUAACGGAGGAGGAAGUGGUCCGGGGGUCGGCCGCAGAACGUCCGGACACGCCCCCUGGCUCCGCCCCGUACACAACCUGCUGCAACAUCACCAGCGCCACCACUGUCGGCACAGCAACGGAGGACACACCCCCGUAGCAACAGGUGGGGAGGAGCUGGAGAUGAGGUCACUUCCUGUCCCGGGUCGUGACCCCUCUGUGACCCCUGGGCUGGGGUCGUCUCUUCUGGGUCGUCUGAACGGAGGGAUGAACUACCCCACCAUCCUGCCCUCCUUCGUCUGCAGCUACCGCAGCUUCACCCCUAAGCCCCUCCCCACACAGCAUCACAUCCCCACACACCCCCACAACCCCCUCCCCACACACCCCCACAACCCCCUCCCCACGAACCUCCACAGCCCCCUCCCCACAUCCCACGGCCCCCACCCCACACAACCUCACAUCCCCCUCCCCACACAGCCUUACAGCCCCCUCUCCAGACACCCCCACAGCCCCCAACCCACAGAACCCCACAUACCCCUCCCCACACAGCCCCAGAGGCCACUCCCCUCACAGCCCUCGCCCCUCUCAGAAAACAGUCCGGACCCCCUCAGCAAGCUGCAUCAACUCAUGGGACAGCACAGCCGUCCUCGGCUGCUGUACCAGCUGGCUGGCGUGGUGCCCUCCCCUCUCCUCCUGGAGCUGUUGGGCUGCCCGCUGUGUGCCCGCGCCCUAGAGGGCAUGGAGCUGGACCUGAGCGACCUGGAGGGAGGGCGCGGCGGCCGUGGGAGGCGCCGGCGGAAGACAGGGCUGGGGGCAGGGCUGGGGCUCGGGGUGAAGAGGGCCAGUAACAGGCUGCUGGAUCUGGGGAUAGCAUUCAGAGACAGACUGAAACGCAUCGUAGACAGCAAGUACUUCAACAGAGGGAUCAUGACCUCCAUCCUCAUCAACACUCUCAGUAUGGGGAUAGAAUACCAUCAACAGCCGGUGGAGUUGACUGAUAUCCUGGAGAUCAGUAACAUCGUGUUCACCUGCAUGUUCCUCCUGGAGAUGCUGUUCAAGCUGCUGGCCUUCGGUCUCUUCGGCUAUAUCAAGAACCCCUACAACAUCUUCGACAGUAUCAUCGUCAUCAUCAGUGUCUGGGAGAUCGUUGGGCAGGCGGACGGCGGUCUGUCAGUCCUGCGUACCUUCCGUCUGCUGCGGGUCCUGAAGCUGGUCCGGUUCCUGCCCGCCCUGCGCAGACAGCUGGUGGUUCUGAUGAAGACUAUGGACAACGUAGCCACCUUCUGUACACUGCUCAUGCUCUUCAUCUUCACCUUCAGUAUCCUAGGCAUGCACCUGUUUGGGUGUAAAUUUAAUCAGCAGAUGGAGAACGGAGACACCAUCCCAGACCGCAAGAACUUUGACUCGCUACUCUGGGCCAUCGUUACUGUGUUCCAGAUCCUGACUCAAGAGGACUGGAAUGUGGUCCUGUAUAACGGCAUGGCCUCCACCUCUCCUCUCUCCUCUCUCUACUUUGUGGCUCUGAUGACCUUUGGGAACUACGUCCUCUUCAACCUGCUGGUGGCCAUCUUGGUGGAGGGCUUCCAGGCGGAGGGUGAUGCCAACCGGGCGGACUCUGACGAUGACAAGAGGUCUGAUGACGAUGGAGAGGAGGAGAAGAAGGAGAAGGUUGAAGAGCUGAAAGACACAGAGCUGAAGAUGUAUUCUCUGAUGAUGACGGCCAACGGUCACGCGGACCGCAACACUCUGGCGCCUCCAAUAACCAUCACGCGCACGGCGGCGACACCCGUGCCGACGCCCAAGAGCUCAUUGGGCCCCGAGUCCGUUCUGGGGGAGGGGCUGGUAUAUGGAGAUGUGUGUUCAGACUUCGGGGAUUCUCGUCGCGGCAGCGCUGCUGCUUCCAUAGACCCCUCAGCCUACGACCAGCGCUCUCUGUCCAGCCCCGGCCAGCACUCGCCCCUCCCUCCCAGAGGUCAGGGUUCAGUCAGUGGGUGGGGCAGCAGGAGGUCAAGUUGGAACAGCCUCAACCGCAGCAGAACCAGCGGAGAGAGGGAGAGUCUGCUCUCAGGGGAGGGAGGAGGGGAGGAGGAAGAGGGGGCCUUAGAGCUGCUACAGGUGUCCUCUCUGGGCCCGUCUGUAACAGGGGAGUACGGGGACUGUAACGGGAGGAGUCUUCAUCACAUGACCUAUGACCCCAACAAGGACCUUUCACCUGACGAUGACAUGGAGGAGGACAACCUGUGGUUCCGGGUCAGGAGAACGCUGCAGAGCCACAAGCCACGCUGGUGUAGAGAACAUGAAGACUGGAACCUCUACCUGUUCUCCCCUCAGAACUCGUUCCGGGUGUGGGCUAAGGGGAUGAUCUCUCAUAAGAUGUUUGAUCACGUGGUCCUCCUCUUCAUCUUCCUCAACUGCAUCACCAUCGCUCUGGAGAGACCCGGCAUUCUGCCUCACAGCACCGAGAGAGUGUUCCUGAGUGUCUCUAACUUCGUGUUCACGAUCAUCUUCCUGGCUGAGAUGACUGUCAAGAUUGUAGCGUUGGGGUUCUGCUGGGGUAAACAGAGCUACCUGAAGAGCAGCUGGAAUGUUCUGGAUGGGAUCCUGGUGUUUGUCUCUCUGGUGGACAUCCUGGUUUCUCUGGCCUUGACUGGAGGGAACCGCAUCCUGGGAAUCCUCAGAGUACUACGACUGCUACGCACACUACGACCUCUCAGGGUGAUCAGUCGAUUGUCCCCAGGGCUGAAGUCUCUGUUCAAGGGUAAAUUCUACCUCUGUGAAGGCCCGGACACCAGAAACAUCAGCACCAAGGCAGACUGUCUGCUGGCCAACUACCGCUGGACACGCAGGAAAUACAACUUCGACAACCUGGGACAGGCGCUGAUGUCUCUGUUCGUGCUGUCCUGUAAGGAUGGAUGGGUCAACAUCAUGUAUGAUGGCCUGGAUGCAGUGGGAGUAGACCAGCAGCCGGUGAGGAACCACAACCCGUGGAUGCUCCUCUACUUCAUCUCCUUCCUCCUCAUCGUCAGUUUCUUCGUCCUCAACAUGUUCGUGGGCGUGGUGGUGGAGAACUUCCACAAGUGUCGUCAGGACCAGGAAGAGGAAGAGCAGCGGCUACGGGAAGAGAAGAGGCUCAAAAUCCUGGAGAAAAAGCGCAGGAGUAAGGAGAAGGAUGGUGCCGAGGCCCAACAGAGACCCUACUAUGCAGACUACUCCCCGGUGCGUCUCUCCAUCCACACGUUGUGCACCAGCCACUACCUGGACCUCUUCAUCACCGUCAUCAUCGGCAUCAACGUCGUCACCAUGAGCAUGGAGCAUUACAACCAGCCACAGUAUCUGGAGGAGGCUCUGAAGUACUGUAACUACCUGUUUACCUGUAUCUUCAUCAUCGAGACCCUGCUGAAACUAGUGGCCUUCGGACUGCACAGGUUCUUUAAGGACAGGUGGAACCAGCUGGACCUGGCCAUAGUGCUGCUGUCCAUCAUGGGCAUCACUCUGGAGGAGCUGAAGAUGAACGCAUCGCUACCCAUCAACCCCACCAUCAUCAGGAUCAUGAGAGUUCUGCGGAUCGCUAGAGUGUUGAAGCUGUUGAAGAUGGCUACAGGGAUGAGAGCUCUUCUGGACACGGUCAUGCAGGCCUUGCCACAGGUGGGGAAUCUGGGUCUGCUCUUCAUGCUGCUGUUCUUCAUCUACGCAGCACUGGGAGUGGAGCUGUUUGGGAAACUGGAGUGUAACGACAGUAAUCCGUGUGAGGGUCUGAGUCGCCACGCCACCUUUGAGAACUUUGGGAUGGCGUUCCUCACGCUGUUCAGAGUCUCUACUGGGGACAACUGGAACGGCAUCAUGAAGGACACGCUGCGUGAGUGUCGUCCAGAGGAGCGUUCCUGUCUGACCUACCUUCCUCUGAUGUCUCCGGUUUACUUCGUGACCUUCGUCCUCAUGGCCCAGUUCGUGCUGGUCAACGUGGUGGUGGCGGUGCUGAUGAAACACCUGGAGGAGAGCAACAAGGAAGCCAAGGAGGAUGCAGAGAUGGACGCCGAGAUCGCGCUGGAGAUGGAGAGAGCUAGACGUCUUAGCUCCGCCUCUAACGCAUCGGCGCUGGGCGGGGCCUACGUGGGGCCACGCCCACACUCACCUGGUCAGGAGGAGGAGGGUCAGUGCAGCCAGGAGGAGGAGCUUCUGUCACCAAGGAAGAUGUCCGUAUCCAGGAUGCAUUCUCUCCCUAACGACAGCUACAUGUUUCCUCCUGUACGAUGUGAUAGCGCCCCCUACCCUCUACAGGAACACAGCAGCCCCCUGCACCAAGCCUCAGUGUUCUCCUCAGGCUCUGUGACAUCGGUGCACUCCCAGCCAUGCGAAGACCAGGCUGUACUGCCCGGCCUCUCUCACCCUGGUCCCCCUCACAUCGCCCCGCCAAGGCCCUCGCCCAGGGGGCUGCGUAGACAGGUGGCUGUGAAGGUUCAGAGUGUUGCCUCAGUAGACAGACAGGACCCCCUCUCAACCCUCCGCCUGCUUUCCCCCUCCCCCUCCCGCCCCCCCUCUCCCCCCUUCCUCUCGGAUCCCGCCGACGAGGAGGUGUGGCACAUCACCAGCUCAGCGCGCCAUUGGUGGGACAGACAUGGAAGUGGGCGGUGUCACUCCCUCUCCCCCUACGCCUCCCCCGACUCCCCACCCUCCCUGAGGAGCCGAGGGAGUGCGCUCAGUCUGCUGGGUGCGGGGCUACAAGCUCACGACCCGAGGAAGGGCUUCAGCGUAGACACCCAGGGCUUCCUGGAUAAACCCCGUUGUCCUGACGACCAGCGACGACACUCCAUCGAGAUCUGCCCGUCCCCUCCGGAGGACCCGCUGCUAGGGGAGCUGGACGGGGAAGAGAGGAGGCCCAGGGGUCCGGGGUCAGAGGUGAGAGGUCACAGGAAGAAGAGGAUGAGCCCACCCUGCAUCUCCAUCCACCCCCCGUGUGACCCAGCAGGCCGCGCCCCCUCGGAUCCGCAGGCAGACUGUAACCCGCUGCUGAGACGCAGGACCCCCUCCUACGACGUCGCCGACGCACACACUCCUACACACAGGCUGACGCCGACACACACGCCAACACUAACGCCGACACAUCACCACACACUCAUACAGACUCUCCCUCACGCAGUAACACACACCCCGACACACACACACACACACCGCCUGCCCCAUGCACACACUCUUAUCCGUACACAUACUCUACCUCAUUCACACACACACACUCCGUCCCCCACACACACCCUGUCCCUGAACUCUGACACGAGACCUUCCUCUCUCUACAGUGACUACAAGCCCCUCCCACAGUUCACCUUCGACCAACCGGAGCACAGAUACACGAGUGGCAUGUCCGCUGGCCUAUCGAGCAUUGAACCAGCCACAAGUCCCUCGCACUUCAACAGCAGGGCGGGGUUUAGCUCGAUGAACAGGAGAACUGCCCAAUGAGAGACAGAGCCUGGUACUGUAGUAGGAAAGGGAUUUGUCAGAAAGACUAAACCCCAUCCAGAGGGUGUGGCCUGAUCUGGACAGAGACGGGUUGGAUGGAGAGAGAGAGAGAGAGAGAGAGAGAGAGAGAGAGAGAGAGAGAGAGAGAGAGAGAGAGAGAGAGAGAGAGAGAGAGAGAGAGAGAGAGAGA